AUGCCUUCCAUUUCCCUUCAAGGCUCUCACUCCGCGGCACUCGACGGCGAGGGACCACACCUGGCACAUCGAAGACGUCCCUCGUCAUCCGCGCCUUCCUCUGCCAGCAGCCGUAGCAGCAGUCAAGGCAGGCCCAGCAGCGUGCACUGUGCGUCCUCUCCAUUGGCAACCCCCGUCAUUGUCGGCGCCACCUCAUCAGAACUCAGAAAUGGUGAGAAGAAGAGCCGACACAAAAAAGCGCGGCAGGGAGAAGAUGCCACGAGGGAGAUAACGUGCCCACCUCCGCCGGCACCGCAGCAGCGCCAGCCCCACGAGCUGAGCCGUGGCACUACUGCUCCAACUCCGCUGCAGCAGCGCUUCUCUGAAGUGGAGCUGCAGUUCCAGCUCGAGCAAGACCGUGCGCAGCGCUCUGCGCUUGCACCACACGACAUUGCCAACCUCAUUCUCUGGAGUGUGCCGGCGCCAGUCCCGAUCAUCGAGUCGCCACGCGUUUUCUUUAUCAAGAACAAGUCGCACGUGCGUAACGCCGUUGUCAUCUACGUGAACGGCUGGUCGUAUGAUGAGAUGCUGUGCACCGGCGUCGGUCUUCCGAGAACGCGCGGUGAGGCGCAUCACCGCAGCGCUCCCCAAGAGCAAGCCACCCCACCGCACUCGACGGCCACGAAUGACAGCACCACGGGUCAUGCUGUGGAGAGCACCGCAACGGCAGCGAACGCAAAGGACGAUGAUGAUUCGACUGCGCACUGGGACAAGGAGCUGUGCAGUGCUAUGCUGCGUCCGGUGCGAGAGGGCCGAUGCUGGGCGCGCCAGAGUCGUGGAGCGGGUUGUGCUGGCGGGGUGCAGUACUGCCCACUCUUCAUUCCAAGCACCCGCAAUGAACUGGAGAAGGACCUGUGGUGGCGCAACGACGCGCUGGGCCGGCUAAGAUCCUCUUCGGCUGCCUCGUCCUCAGCGGUGAAUCGCUUCCACCCAAACUUCCGUCGCGGCGGUGAGGAGAGGGACGGGUCGGCUGUCCAUUGCGCGAGCCCCGCCGUCAGGGAUGCCCGCGGCGUCGGUACCAUGUUUCAACAGGCAUUACAGGCACACGCGAAGAAGUCGGGCACAGCCGACGGCGCAGCCUCCGGGGAUAUCUCUGUGAUGGCCGCAUCGCCACCAGCAGCGGCCUCGCCUACCUUCGCAUCGGACGCCUUCCAGCAGUACCAGCACCUCUGGGCGAAUCGGGACCUUCUUCAGCAGUACGCCUUGCACCUCCCCGAGCACACAGCUGAGCUGCACGAGUUAGGCUUCACCCUUGCGCCUCCUCCAGAGUCGACGGCUGCCGCGCCUGCGGCUGACGAGGAAACUGCCCUGCAAGGGGGCAACGGCGUGGGAGGUGCACAGGACAGCUGGGUGAGCUUCCCAGCGCCUUCCACCACUGCCACAGCAGACGCCACCGCCGCGACAGGGCGAGGGGUGAGGGUUGUCGCUUUUGAUUGUGAGAUGGUGCAGAUCGAGGGCGGUGAGAGUGCGCUGGCUCGAGCGACGCUAGUAGACGUGCUGACGGGCAGCGUGGUGCUGGAUCUGCUCGUCAAGCCACGUCAGCGCAUUACAGAUUAUCGGACUCGCUUCAGUGGCAUUGAUGCCGCGAUGCUCGAGCCCGUGUCCACCACCCUCGCAGACUGCCAGCAGGCGCUACAGCGCCUUGUCGACACGCAGACCUUUGUGGUCGGCCACAGCCUCGAGAACGACUUCAAGGCGUGCAAGUGCAUCCCCAACUGCUACGUGCUGGACACAACGCGGUUGUUUCCACAUCCGGCAGGACUUCCCUACAAGAACGCCUUGCGCUUCCUCGCCCAGCGCUACCUUCAGCGACGCAUUCAGCAAGGCCCGCACAACAGUGCCACUGACGCCGUGGUGAGCGCGGAGCUGACGCAGCUGAAGCUCAUCAACGGCCCCUCCUUUGGCGUGCGACCGCGCGUGAGCGUCUUGGGUUGCAUCACCGAGGCGGACCCGAAUGUUCAGAUUUACCUGUUCGACGACGCCGUCACGCUGACUUCCCUCCUGCCCGCUCCGCAGAGCAACGCCUCCUCUGCAACUUACGGAGAGACGAGCGGGGGCACGGUGCCAAGUGCGCCUCCAUCAUCUGCAGCAAGCUCAGGUCGUAUUGAUGCCGUGCCCGUGCGUCAUGAUGAGGACGCGAUGCGCAAAGCUGUGCGUGCUCUGCAGCGCCGCGUGAGCCAGCAGGCCCAUGAAGCUGCCGCCGUUGCCAACGGCACCGAUGGCGACAAGGCCGCACCACACAGGCCAAGCUUCUCUCUGUUCUGGGUUCAGUUAACACAAGCGAAGGUGGAUGUGACUCUGCCGCCAGCACAACCAUCGGCGCCGUUCCCUGCGGUGGCAGCGGGAGAGGAAAGCGAGACUGGCGAGAAAACGCCAUUCGCUGGGGUCUUCAGGAGCUGUGACACGAGCUCUGCACGCAUGGUAGCGCAGUUCCGCAGGGUGCACGACACGAACCGCCGCGUGCUGCAGAUAAUCGAGGCCUGCCCGGAUGAGACAAUCAUCGUCGUGUUGACGGGCCGCUGCGAUGGGGAGGCUGGAGGAAACCACUUCUCGCGUGCACAGGGCACAUGCUUUGCGUUCGUGAAGGACAGAAGCGCGCCUGGCCCGCGGGCAGACGAGCUGACCAAGCUGACCGACGAGAGCAGCGGGAGCGCACUGCCGCGUGAGUCGGCGGCGGCGGUGCCUCAUCAUGUGGACGUCAAGACUGCCAUGAUUGACAGCACACCUCGCGCCUGCCAGCAGCAGUAA